UCCUUCACUUGGUUCACUGCUGCUACAGCCAUCCAAACACGUUACAAAAGUGUUUGUGUGUUUAAUAACAUUAUUAAGUCGAUAUUUCGGGUUUUAUGGAGUGACAGAGCCAACCAGGAGCGGUGGUCGGGACUAAGAAAUCAUCUGUGAGGUCUGAACUCUUCAUUCAGUGAGUAAAAAUUUAAGCAGUGAUGACAGCUCCAAACUCUGCAGAGAGGAAGGCCUGCUGGGACGCCAGGGACCUUCUCUGGAAAUGCCUGGAUGACAACAAUGACCAAGCUGCAUCCUGCCAGAACUUCCAGAGCGAGUUUGAGGCAAAAUGCCCAGCUCAGUGGGUCAAGUAUUUUGCCAAGAGGAGAGACUUCUUGAAAUACAAGGAGAAGAUGCAGACGGAGGGUUUCACACCUGCUGAAGGUCCUCAGCAGCCCUCCUAACCACUUUGUACAGCAAGCAGACAAAAGCUGCAGACUUUUUUGCCUUAUUCAGAUCUGGGGCAGAGGUGAAGGACAUGGAGAGAUUUCUAACCUUACUGUGGACUUCAUCUUCACCUUUAUUUAUUUGUACAGAGAGGAAAGCUGCUUUAGGAAAUCAAGUCUCCAAAUGGAAGCGUUAGGAAUUUUUCCAACCCAGCUUGUCUGACAUUCUUUAUAAUAAAGGAAACCAAAUCAACAAAUAAGCGAAAACAUCCAUAAUUAAUGAAUCCACUUCUCUCAAAUGACAUGUAAUUUAACUGUAGACAAAUGUCACUACUGUUUAUUGUGGAAAUUAAAAUGUAAAUGUUGGAAUA